AUGGUUUUUGACGACAACGACGAAGCCGAAUUUAAAACUCCAGUUAGCAACAAAGACGACUCCGAAUACAAAACUCCAAAUGAAUCUUUUGUCGCACCUGAAGCAGCAGCCACCGAGACAGCGGAGGUGGAAGAGGAGCAAGAGGAUAGCGAUGACGAGGCACCCGAGGCUGUGUCUACUGCCAAAGCGGCCGAAGACAUCAAGAAGUCUGCUAAAGCCGCUCAGAAGGCUGCUCAAGAGCAAGCCGCCACACAAAAGCGCAAGCGCCAGCAGCGCGAUGAACUCCUCAAGAAACAAGCCGAGGAGCGGAAGAAGAUUGAUGAAGCCAAGCCGCAAAAUGACCAGCCUGAAGCUAGGCAAACUGAGUCUGGCACCAGAGGAAGGAAGCGAACAGAGAUCCCGGCUGUCCUGCCCGCGGAGUUCCUGACGGACUCUUCAAGCGAAGACGAGGCUGACGAUUCCACUGGCGUCGCAGCAGGGCCCAAGAGGCGAAAGGUGGCGGGCGUCGAGAAGAGACUGACACGCCUGGAUGCCGGGCCCAAGGACGAGGUUGUCAAGUCGACGGUGUAUCGGGUGGCCAAGAAGACGGAUGAGAGACUGGCGCCGAAGCUGAAGAAGCAUUCAAAAUCCUCCAAGGACCUGCUCUUGAAGCGGAAUAGGCCUGCUGCGACAUCUGCGACUGGUUUCUUUAAGAGGAAAUGA